AUCUUCAAAAGCAAUAACCAACAUCUACUGCACAAAAUGGACAUUAUAUUUACAUUCCUGUCCUUCAAACCAUGAAAGUAAUGAGAGGUAACAAAAAUAAGAAAGUGAGAUAAACAUAGUUGAAAUAUCAACAGGUGAGCAAAUGGGCUGUAAAAUACAGACAUUGUGAUCAAGUCAUACGUACAAAUAUACAAUACACAGUGGUGGAAUAUAAUUAAGUACAUCUACUCAAGUACUGUAGUUAAGCGGAUUUUGAUGGUCUUGUAACUGUAGUAUUUACAUUUUACUGUACUUUAUAAAUUAAAUUAAAUAAAUGUUAUUUUAACUCUGCUACAUUGACUUGACAGCUAGUUACAAGUUAAAGUGCAGAUGGAAAUUUGAUUAACGAUGUGCUGUUGUUAAAUGUUAAAUGUUAAAUAUCCUGACCUUUUUAGCUCGUGACCCCUUCUAAUAAGCUGUUAGUUGUAUAGUUGGGGCCUUUUGUCACAUUUCAGAUGUUAUUGAGUUGGUAUUUCCACCAAAAAGACUUUUCCCCUGUGAACUUCUCACAUGGUUCAUUGCCCAAAGAGGUAAAAUAUUGUGUACAGAUUUGUGUCACAGACCUUUUUUAUUUGCUCUUCCUAUCACACUAAUCAAACAACCCCCCCUUGGAGAUGGCCCAACCUCUAGGUUGGAAACAAUUGGACUAAGAUUAAAUACAGCGCUUUCCCUUAUUGUGGACUAUUUUUAAACUGUGGUAUUGGUGAUUUUACUCAAGCAAAGGAUCUGAUCUGGGUACUUCUUCGACCACUGCGUGUUACAUAUGUAUUACAUACAUAUACCAACCUGCAUACACAAAAAUACGCACAAGUGCAAACAAAUAACCCAAAUUAAAUCAAAUUAUGAAAACACCUUUUGAUAAAAAAAAAAAAGGAUUCAGAUUUUAAAAAGCUGUCUCAAUGCUGUUCUCUUACAAAGUCAUUGUAGAAACACUCACUGACUUUAGUAACUGGUAUAGGGACAGGUCCUGAAAACUGGGUCGUUCAGAUGUAAACAUGACAUGACAGCGCUCUCUAGUGGCGUGAAGGACAGAUACAGUCAUGAUUCUACUCAGACAAACAGUCAAUCUAACGUUGGUCUGACCUUUAUUGUGAAAUUUAUGACAACAUGCUUCAACAUUGAAGUGAGGAAUUCCCAUAAUUUAAAGAAUAAUCGUUGGAAGAGCUUCUUUGUGUUUCCAAAUGUCUGUUUCACUGUGACAUCAGAAAAAUCUACGUAAAAAAUACUCCCCACAACUUUUCUGUUAUGUUUUCUCGGCUUAUCUUUCUUUGUCUGCUUUGAGAGGAGAUCUGUUGACUCUGCAGCCCUGCAUUCAACUGCAAGAUCCCCUCACGUUCAUUUAUUGUUUUUAAAUUGCACUUUGGCCACUGUUGGGGACUGAGGGAGUGGGGACAAAGUUCACAGGGCGCAUGUAAGAAGGAGGGGGUGAAGAGGAAGGUUAAAAAAAAAGAAAAUUGACCUUUGAAAGCAAAACAGCAGGUGGAGAGCCAAAACCAGGCAGCUCAGGACGCAUUGGGAGGAAAUUCAACACAGGAAAAAUGAAAGUAUCUGUUCUUUUAAGCUGAAGAGGGACUACGAAUAGAAUGAGGCCCAGCGCUGCCUGUCUGGCUGUCAUUUGAGUGUGCUAGUGCACAAGAGAGCAGUGUUUGUUUGCGAAGCGGAGGUGAGGUAAGGCAUCAGAGCAAUGGAAGAGAGGUUAGAGGAGAGGGCCGGAGCGGCCAAGGCAAAGCCCAGCCGUUUGACCGCCCUUCAGGAGCAGCUGAUCUGUGCCCUGCUGGGAUCUGGACUGUCCCGGGACGUCCUGGUCCAAGCCAUGGGGGAGCUGGAGCGAGACAGGGCGAGUGCUGGCGCCGAGAGAGGAGAGAGGGGGGAUGGAGAGAGCUCAGAGGAAGGAGAAAUGGAUUUCCCACCGCCUAUAUUCCGAGAGUUGGAGAAGCUUCUCCCAGAGGAGGCGGCCAAACUGAGGGCUGAAGUUGACCAGCUACUGCAGGAGGACCCCUGGCAUGUUGCUAAAAUGGUGAAAAGCUACAUGCAGCAGCACAACCUCCCUCAGAGAGAGGUGGUGGAGUCCACAGGACUCAACCAGUCACAUCUCUCCCAGCACCUCAACAAAGGCACGCCCAUGAAGAACCAGAAGAGAGCGUCUCUGUACACCUGGUACGUCAAGAAGCGAGGCGAGAUCAGCCAGCAAUUUUCAAACGCCAAACAUGGCCUUGGAUCUGGGGAAGAGCAGGGAGAGGAGACCAGGAAGGGACGGAGGAACAGGUUCAAAUGGGGACCAGCAUCCCUGCAGAUCCUCUUCCACGCCUACGACCGACAGAAGAACCCCAGCAAGGAGGAGAGAGAGGGUUUAGUUGAGGAUUGUAACAGGGCGGAGUGUCACCAGAGGGGGGUUUCACCCUCCCAGCUUGCCGGCCUGGGCUCCAACCUGGUCACCGAGGUCCGGGUGUACAACUGGUUCGCCAACCGUCGCAAAGAGGAGGCCUUCCGUCACAAGCUUGCUCUCGACACACCUUUUACCAACCAAACUGCCUCCUCUUCUCACCCCAACCUCCCACAAAGUCCUGAGCAUGUGUUGCGAGGCCUGACUUCUUGGUUUCCAGGUGUCAAAUACAGUCAGCAAAUCCUGUGUGACAGCCUGAGCUCAGCCAGAGGAAGCCUAGGGGACAGAGUGGGUCGUCUGGUGGUCAGCCCUAUCCAGCUGGAGCCCAGCCACACACUCCUCGAGGCACAUAACCCCAAGCUGGUGUCCAGCGGCGGCCCACUGCCCCCAGUAAGCACUCUGACCUCGCUGCACAGCCUGUCUGCCUCCCCUGCUUCCUCACAGGGCCUUAUCAUGGCCUCCCUACCCAGCGUCAUGAGCCUGGGGGAGUCCUCACUUCUCAUUGGUUUAGCCUCAACGCAGGCUCAGAAUGUGCCUGUUAUCAACAACGUCGGGGGAAGUUUCACCACUCUCCAGCCGAUCUCGUUCCAGCAGCAGCUUCAUGCCUCGUCCCAGCAGCCAAUAUCACACCACCUCCAGAGUCACAUGGGGGCCAGUCCAUUUAUGGCAACCAUGGCGCAGCUGCCAUGUCACAUGUACAAGUCAGAUUCGCCGCAGUACCAUUCGUCCAGUCUGCUGUCUCAAGCCAUGGUCAUCACCGACAGCAGCAGCCUGGGGACGCUGACCAGCCUCACUGCUGUCAGACAGAUUCUAACAGCAGAUCCUGAGGAACAAACGGGCUCACCUUUACAAGAAGACUCUCUACACCUGCAGCAGCACCCACCUGUGCCAGCUUCCUCCGAGAGCCUAGAGCUGUAUCCUGCCUCUCAGACAACAGAAAGUCAUCAGUCUCACCUUCUCUCACCUUCCACAACAGACAUCAGCUCCUACAUCCCCACGCAAAUGGUCUCUACUGCACAGUAGAAGUGCUCUCUGGCAACAUAGUGUCUCCUCGCUAUCAGUUGGACUUUGUGUUUUGGAUGGACAGCUACCUCUGGUGUAAAUUUCCAGAAAUAAAAUGGAGUCAGGGGCCAGAGGGACGAUUCAGCUUUUAUGUUUCAAAGACUCUCUGAAACUCCGUACCACUGUAAUACGAACAAGGAUUGACAUUAGAUAAGAUUCACUUUUGAUACAACAA